AUGCUUGGGAAUGUGAGUCCACUAGAGAGGCUUGCCGUGCUUGGUUGUCGACAAGGCCAGAGGGAUGACAUGCAAGACGCUCACCUCUUAUUGCACGAUUUCGAUUUAGAAUUGCCUUUUGUUAAACGGUGUGCCCUGUAUGCGAUUUUCGAUGGACAUGCAGGAGCUCGAGCAGCAAACUAUUGCGAGGAGCAUGUUCCUUCUACUUUGAAGAAAAAGUUGAGUUCGUUUGGCGACCUCACUUCCUUGGAAAAGCAACUGAAGCGAACCUUCACCGAAACGUUCAGAAGUGUUGACGAGGCUUUCUUGAAUGAAGCUAGAAAACAUAAGCCUACCUGGAAAGAUGGCACCACAGCUACUUGUGUCCUGUUGCUCAAUGAUGCUUUAUAUGUUGCAAAUCUUGGAGAUAGCAAAGUAGGUUUCACUUGUUUUCGAUAA